UAAGAAGACAGAUUUUGGCGAACUUUUCUGAAAAUGUAAAGUACUGUUGGUUUUUAUAGAUUUGCCUGUAACUUGUUCUAGUUCUGAAGAUUUAAUAAGAAAAGGAAAAACCUGAUUGCAUAAAUAAGUAUUAAAAGAUUACAAAAAGUUAAUGGAUUUUGACACUAUAAUUUAAAAGUAAGGAUUUUUUUUUUUCUUAAUAGUGAACCACAGGCUAUGUGCUACAUCGAAACAUCUAACUUAGAUGGUGAAACAAACUUAAAAAUUCGACAGGGUUUGCCACUAACAUCAGACAUAAAGGACAUAGAAAGCUUGAUGAGACUUUCAGGCAGAAUUGAAUGUGAGAGCCCAAACCGACAUCUCUAUGACUUUGUUGGAAACAUCAGACUGGAUGGGCAUGGUACUGUUCCAUUGGGGUCUGAUCAGAUUCUUCUACGAGGAGCUCAGUUGAGAAAUACUCAGUGGGUUCAUGGGAUUGUUGUCUAUACGGGACAUGACACAAAACUUAUGCAGAAUUCAACAAGUCCACCUCUUAAAAUGUCUAAUGUGGAACGAAUUACAAACAUUCAGAUUUUAAUUCUGUUCUGCAUCCUUAUUGCCAUGUCUUUGAUCUGCUCUAUUGGUUCAGCUAUUUGGAAUCGAAGGCAUAUUGGAAGAGACUGGUAUCUUGAUCUAAAUUAUGGUGGAGCAAGCAACUUCGGAUUGAAUUUCUUGACUUUUAUCAUUCUCUUCAAUAAUCUUAUUCCAAUCAGUUUGUUGGUUACGCUUGAAGUUGUUAAAUUUAUCCAGGCAUAUUUCAUAAAUUGGGACAUUGACAUGCGCUAUGAACCUACAGACACUGCUGCCAUGGCUCGUACUUCCAAUCUCAAUGAAGAACUUGGACAGGUCAAAUACAUAUUUUCUGACAAAACGGGUACCCUAACAUGCAAUGUCAUGCAAUUUAAGAAGUGUACUGUAGCAGGAGUUGCUUAUGGGCAAGGCUCAAAUGGAGAAGAAAAAACAUUUAGUGACUCAUCGUUACUGGAGAAUCUUCAAAGCAAUCAU